CAGCCCAGGGCAACUUCAGAGACUUGCUCUUGGCACGGGAGCAGUAUCGCUGCGUGUUCACGGGAAUGGUGGACUUCUCGGCCCAUCGUCACAACGUAGUGACCCGUCAUGAAGGAGAUUGUACAACGCUGACGCAAGUGAUCCAUACUGUAUCAUUUCGCAGUCCCUUACCUCGGACCUCAACAUUCCUUGCAUGCCUCGGGAAGCUAAUGUGAAGCUGUCGUGGGCUGGCGCUACUAUUGAGCGGUUCGGGGAUAUCAGCCUGAAGGGAUUGCUUGGCACGGAAGAGUCUAUCCACAGCCCUCGAAACAUCUUUAUUGGAAACUCGACCCACCAUCUCCACUUUGAUUCGUUGGAAGUCUGGUUUGCUCCAGUGAAGAAUGCGCAGGGCGAAGUCCAACCCAACUUGUAUGACAUCUGCUGCAAAUAUGGCGCAUCGGACCUCCGAGCGCUUGGUUUCCAGCAACGCGUUGCUUUCCGAGAGAUCGUCAUGGACAGAGUACAUGUGCCACCUCCGGAUGCGCGAAUUCUAGCUUUGCAUGCCGCCUGCGCGCGGAUUGCGCACCUGUCGGGGGCUGCGGAAAGCUGUGCAGGGACACUGAGGCAGUGGCUCUGAACACCAGUUCCGCACAGAUGGCAGUCAAUCCCAAAGGGGCGGAAGAGCU